UUCUCGCGAGAACAUAAAGAAAUCAUGGCGAUGUUAGGACAACAAGGGCAGUGUAAGUUUGAGGACAAAUGGCCGAGUAUGCGGCCGACCGUCCUCAAGCUGCUCCGGCAGGAGGCAGUCACACGGGACGAGUGGCACGGACUCUUCUGGGCGGUACAUUCUGUGUGUAUGUGGGAUGAGAAAGACGGACCACCCAAAAUCUACCAAGCUCUACAGGAUGACAUUCUGGAUUUCAUCAAACAGGCACAGACACGCGUGCUACAACACAAGGAAGAUUCAGCCUUGUUGCGAGCGUACAUAGCGGAGUGGGGCAAGUUCUUCACUCAGUGUAACUACCUGCCUAAGCCAUUCAACCAGCUGGAGGCUAACCUACUUGGGAAACUACACAGUAGCAUGCCCAAGAAGGCACAGGGAGGAGAGGAGAGUCUCGUUAGGAAGCUGAUGCUGGACAGCUGGAAUCUGAGUAUCUUCUCCAAUAUCAAGCAGCGCCUACAGGACAGCGCCAUGAAGCUGGUUCACGCGGAGAGGAACGGAGAGGCGUUCGACUCACAGCUGGUUAUAGGUGUCCGGGAGUCGUAUGUUAACCUAAGCUCCGAUGUAGAAGACAAACUAAAGAUUUACCGCGAGAACUUCGAGAAGGCGUACCUGGAGGCGACCGAGGCGUUCUACAAGGUGAAGGCCCCUCGGUACCUGGAGGACAACGGUGUUCAGAACUACAUGAGAUACGCCGACUCCAAGCUGAAGGAGGAGGAGGCCAGGGCGCGCAGGUACCUCGAGACCGGAUACGGAUGUAACUCCGUCGCAGCUCUGACCGAGUGUUGUGUGCGGGUUUUGGUGACAGACUUCAAGGAGACGAUUCUACAGGAGUGUGCACUGAUGAUCAAGAACAAUGAAACAGAGAAGUUGCGACUGAUGUUCAGUCUCAUGGACCGCGUGGCGGACGGGAUCACACCCAUGCUGCACGACCUGGAGUCCCAUAUCAUCAGUCAGGGACUAGCGGACAUGAUGGCCUCCGCCGAGACAAUCACCUCCGAUUCCGAGAAGUAUGUUGAGCAGUUGCUGGACCUGUUCAACAGAUUCAGUACCCUGGUACGAGAAGCCUUCAGCGACGACCCACGCUUUCUCACAUCCAGAGACAAGGCCUAUAAGAGUGUAGUUAAUGACACAUCAGUAUUCAAAUUAGAAAUUCCAUUGAAAAACAAAGGAGUGGGCACCAAGACACAGCCGGAGUCCAAGUGUCCAGAGCUCCUGGCUAACUACUGUGAUAUGUUGCUGCGGAAAACACCCCUCAGUAAAAAACUAACCUCCGAAGAAGUCGAGAAAAAACUAAAAGAUGUUUUAUUAGUGUUGAAGUAUGUGAUGAACAAAGACGUGUUUAUGCGAUACCACAAAGCUCACCUAACGCGACGUCUCAUCCUGGACACGUCCGCAGACAACGAGAAGGAGGAAAACAUGGUGGAGUGGCUGAGGGAGGUCGGGAUGCCGGCAGACUACGUCAACAAGCUGGCCAGGAUGUUCCAGGACAUCAAGGUCAGCGAGGACCUCAACAACGAGUUCAAGGACGCCCACCGAAACAACAAUGAAGGAUUGGCGGAUGCAAUAAACAUAAAGAUCCUAAAUGCGGGGGCGUGGGCGCGGUCCAGUGACAGAGUGGCAGUAUCACUUCCUAUGGAACUGGAAGACUAUAUUCCCCAGGUGGAAGAAUUCUACAAACAGAAGCACAGUGGUCGCAAACUUCAGUGGCAUCAUCUGAUGUCUAAUGGCAUUAUAACAUUUUGCAAUGAUUUAGGAAGGUAUGAUCUAGAAGUCACAACAUUUCAAAUGGGAGUUUUGUUUGCCUGGAACCAGCGGCCCAGGGAUAAAAUAUCCUACGAGAGUUUGAAGUUAGCAACAGAACUACCGGAUGCAGAACUCAGGAGAACGUUAUGGUCCCUGGUGGCGUUUCCAAAGAUAAAGCGACAGAUAUUGUUGUGUAGUCCAGAUGUGAAGGCUCCCAAGGACGUUGACGACAACACGCAGUUCUGGAUCAAUCAGGAGUUUGCACUGAUCAAAAACGGUAAAGUUCAAAAGCGUGGCAAGAUGAACCUGGUUGGCCGUCUGCAGCUAUCUACAGAGAAGACGAAGGAGGAGGAUAAUGAAGGCAUAAUGCAGCUUAGGAUAUUACGUGUACAGGAGGCAAUAGUGAAAAUAAUGAAGAUGAGGAAAAGAAUUACAAAUGCUGCCUUACAGACAGAACUCGUAGAAAUCCUGAAAAACAUGUUUCUGCCUUCAAAGAAACUGAUAAAAGAACAGAUCGAGUGGCUCAUUGAGCACAAGUACAUGCGGCGUGAUGAGGAGAACAUCAACAUGUUCAUCUACAUGGCGUGAACGCUAGCAACAAGAACAUUAUGCAAUUUUCAGGGAUGUGAAAAUUUCAUACUAGACUGAAGAAGGUUUUCCCGUGUACACUCGGGGGAGUUUUAAAUCAUUGUCUAUUUAUUGGUGCAAGCCUGCGUAUGAACAUGGUUGGAUGUUUUCUGUGGCCAGCCAGCGUCUUAGAGCUGGUCACUGCAGUAGGCCUCUUAUCAGUCCUAAAGAAUCAGGUGUGAUAGGCACCCUGGGCCCUCUAUAUUAACGUUUUGAUCACAGAUAUCUCUGAAAAAUUGUUAUUCAAUUUAUUGCAAGUGUUCAAUUGACUUUGAAUGAUGAAAUUAUUUGUAGAAUUAUGAUUAAAUCACGAAACAAAUUUAUUCUGAAAAAACACUAUAUAUCAGCAAGUUAAGAUGAACAUUCUGGUAAAUGACUGCGCUGUUAUCUAUAGCCCCUACAGAUCUCAGCUUGGGGCAAGGGCUUGCUCAUGUUGAAAAAAACUUAUAUUUAGAAAUUCCAUUAAAUAUACAACUCAAAGAUUACGACGACACAAUUCUUUCAUAUUACUACAGUUAAUCUGUCACGGCAUUAAUCCAACAUUUGAGACAAUGAACUACAUUGUAGUUAAUAGUUAUCUGAACAAUAGAAUGAUUUAAACGAAUUGUGUUUCACAACUUUUCUACACAUUUGAAAUAUGGCAGUUCUAGUGGUCAAGAAAGCAUCUGUACCAUACCUUAUCCUUUGGCUGAAGAUUGUCAUAGACGUCUCAGGUUACAGGUGGUCGACAGGCAGGAUUUGCCAACAACCAGACACUCAGCUCCAGCAAGCCUUGGGGGAUCAAGGACACUGGAAGGAAAAGUCAGAAGUCUGCUUAAGAGGGGUUUCAGCGACAUAAAUAGACUGGGCCGGGCUCAUUGACUUUGUUCAUUGCUAGAUAACCUUAUUUGUCUAUGGUAUCAAAUUUGGUCGUCCUAUAAUUCAGUCAGGCAAUGUGUAGAUAUCUUGAUACAGGGGAACCCUGUUAAUCCGUUCCUUGCAAAAUGUAAUAGAAUGACAAUUGUCUGGAUUAUCGAAUCAACACUGUCGGAGUGCGAGCUCUAUUUGCCACUUAAUGAGCUUUGCUGUAAAGGAAGUGCCCUGUUUGGUGGUCCAGAUCUGUAAUGGGGUAUCUGAGGUUUCUUCGGGUCCCGGGACAUGAGCGGCCUAGGUGUCCAUGGACAUAAGAUUGCUGUGAGAGUUGUGUUCCUUAGUAACACCAUUCUUUAUGUUAUAAAAAACUCAUUUCAAACCACAAUUAUCCAGGACGGGAGUUGCCCAGACUUGUCAGGUUCUUGUCUUACAGAGUCUCACUGUAUGCAGUGAAAGUUUGACAGCGCCACUAGUGUAAUCAAUAUGGGUGAAAGGCACAAGAUGGGUAAGAUCAAUCUGUUGGAUCUGGAUGGUUGUCAGUCAAUAUUUCUUGGAAUAACAUUCUCUAUACGCACACAUACAGUUCUAUUUUUAGUAGAAUGCUCUACAUUUCCCCUGUGUACCUCGGAUGCCCUUUUCCAAUGAAACCUGUUGACUUGAAAGUGUUUCAGUCAAACACCUCAAGGGCUUUACCAUGUUUUUUUUCUUGGCAAUAGUUUUUGAUGUGAGUGUUAUGAUAUUGAGUACAUCCUGUUUGCCUUCUGCCCUCACAUCCCAGUACUGCCUGAUUCAGAGAGACUGACAUUGUUCUACCUUGCAUGCAGUGCGGCGCAUGUGAUUGAUAACCUUUUUUCAAAGACACUCGUGAUUGAUAACAUUUAUUCAAAGAGGCAGCCAUGAUUGAUAACCUUUAUUCAAAGAGACUCAUGAUAUGAUUGAUAACCUUUAUUCAAAGAGACAGACAUGAUUGAUAACCUAAUUUUAAGAGACAUGUGAUUGAUAACCUUUAUUCAAAGAGACAGACAUGAUUGAUAACCUAAUUUUAAGAGACAUGUGAUUGAUAGCCUUUAUUCAAAGAGACAGACAUGAUUGAUAACCUAAUUUUAAGAGACAUGUGAUUGAUAACCUUUAUUCAAAGAGACAGACAUGAUUGAUAACCUAAUUUUAAGAGACAUGUGAUUGAUAACCUUUAUUCAAAGAGACAGACAUGAUUGAUAACCUAAUUUUAAGAGACAUGUGAUUGAUAACCUUUAUUCAAAGAGACACACAUGAUUGAUAACCUAAUUUUAAGAGACAUGUGAUUGAUAACCUUUAUUCAAAGAGACAGACAUGAUUGAUAACCUAAUUUUAAGAGACAUGUGAUUGAUAACCUUUAUUCAAAGAGACACACAUGAUUGAUAACAUAAUUUCAAAGAGGGACACACGACUGAUAACCUUUUUAGGAGUGGCACAGGGAUUUGAUAACCUUUAUAGAGGCACACAUGAU